AUGACUGGGACAUAUUGUGACGAAUCGCCUACCCUUGAUAUGCUUUGGAUAUGGCCAAAUAUUAGAGGGAAUAAACAACUCAUGAAUGUUAAAACACUUAAAUGUAUGAAAAGAAUACGUGACAACAGCGCAGUGACCAUGGAACGAUGUGAGAAUACUUCUAAUUCGCAAAAAUUACUGUGCACUAAAAAAGACGCUAAAAUGAACAUUGGAUGGGGCAAUCAACGAUUUUUGCACUUUUACAACUCAUGGCGGGGGAAAAGCUAUGCCUUUUCCCGAAAGUUGUGGUGGUGGUGGGAAAAACCCCAACCAUGGAGCAGUAAAGAAAUCUCUAAUACUUGUAAAACAAGUCAAGACUACAAAGGUAUGCCAUGUCAUAAAUAAAUAACAUUUUGCAUGAUUGUAAAUGCAUUUCAAAGAUGCCUUACUAUAUUUUUCCAUAGGGUGUUAUCGUUUCUCGGAUGGCUCUUUCAUGCAUUACCUUGAUUACAGCCAGACGAAUCCCAAACUGAAAAUUUCUGCUCCAAUUUCCAAAGAACAUGACAGGAGCUGCAAAGUAAGGGAGAUAUUUAAAUUCAUUCGAGAUGGUCAAGAAUGGAAAGGCAACGGUAGUGAUCACUUCUAUAUUAAUGGUAAAAAUAAAGAUACAAAAGAGUUCAAGGUAAACAGAUUAAAGGGUGCACAAGCUUUACGAAUAUUUCAGCAAGUCAACAAAUGUGGUCACGUGUAAAUGCAUAACCGUUUGUAGUGUGUUCCGAAUUGACUGACUGCAUGAAUUGACAGGAUCGAAUUUUAAGUCCAAUUUAAGCAGUUAUUUCCAGUCUUAGUUUUUGAAGCGAAGUAAUUAAUGCAAGGAAUUAAAGUUUUUAAAAUAAUAACCAGUGGUCUGCCUGAGACUAUACACAGAAUAAUCAAAGCAUUUAUCCAGUCGAAAGCCUGAACGUAUGGCAUACCAUAACCAAACAACCAAACCACUAACGCCUGUAUUCUAAAAGCUCACUCAAUGAGUGGAGGUCCAAUCUGUGCUUCUCUUGAGUGUCAUUGCUGUUUUUGAAAAGCUGGAGGGUGAGUAGUCACAUAGUAAGGUACGACACAUACCAUAAUUACCCUCCAGCUAUUCAAAAACAGCAAUGACACUCGAGAGAAGCUUAGAUUGAACUUCCACUCAUUGCGUUUGAGUGAGCUUUUAGAAUACGGGUGAAAUUCUUGCACCUACUUUCUAUAAUGAAUUUCAUUUUACCAAGUUUUAAGUAAUAUAAUGUCAAUAAUUUCGUGUGAAUUUUUAGAGUAUAUAAGAAAGGAAGUUCACGACCAAAUUGAAAAUAUUAUGUUACAGUUGUUAUAGUAGUGCACCACUGUUAUGCCUAUAGUAGAUGUCGACAUGUACAAAAGACCCUUUCUCACGUUCUUCUUCACCACUUUUUUAGAUUAGAUCGAUGGAAAAUCUGAAAGCCUGGAACGGUUCACUGUUAAUAGUCAACGUUUCUUGCGGAAAUAAAGAAUCAGAGGAAGUGCAUUGUGUUCUUCUUAAACUGAAAUCUUUGCCAUUAUAUCCUGAGGUUAGUAUUACACUCUUUCAUCAACUGGUUGAUCAGUCCAGUCAGGGGCCGCGGAACAGGGGGGGGGGGGCAAUGGGGCAUGCCCCCCCCCCCACACACACACUUUUUUUAAAAGUGAAAAAAGUGCCUUUUUUUCUCGGCUAAAGUGCCCUAUUUAAGGAACGAAAAAAGUAUUUCUUGAAUGAACGCCCUCUUUUGCUGGAAAGAAAGUGCCCUUUUUGCAGUAGUAAAGAGUCUGUAAAGGCCAUUUCAGACGUUAUAGAGACUCCAUAUUUUCAAAAAUUUUCGUUCGGCUCGUGAACGACAUUCACUUUUGAUCAUAUACAAAAGUGCCCCUUUUGGCCAAUGCCCCUCCACUUUCGAAAUGCUUCCGCGGCCUCUGAGUCCAGUUGAUCUUAAUGUUGGCUUGUAACAGCGCGAAAUAAAUAUCAACUAGGUUAAAAAGUAAGCAAGGGAUAGGAAUAUAUGGUAAAUGUACGAUGUGGUGUAUCUAUUAAAGUAGGGCUAUUUCUAGACAUAUCCGAAGAGUUUCAUCAUGAUCAGGAAUACGCAGGCACAUGUAUUGAGAAAACUUCGCAUUGAUAGAGAAGAGAGAGAACUAUACCUGAAUUCGAAAAUACAAGGACAAUUUCAACGAGAACUUUGAAGUUCUCUUUGCAUUUUUCAGGCAGUUGCAUGCCGAGCAAUCCGAAGCUUUCUUAUUAUUGGCACUAUACCUACACUGGCGCAAACUGUUUUAGAUUAUAUCACAUGUGCUGAGAAAAUGUUCAAUAGACCUAAUGCGUAAUGACGUCACAAGGCUUGAUGCCCGCGAGGAAUGCUGGUCUUAGUAGUCAUCGCCCGGAAAAUUUUCGUUUGUAGCCAUUUUGAAUUGAUUAAUUUUUCCGGGCGAUGACUACUAAGACCAGGAUUCCUCGCGGGCAUCAAGCCUUGUGACGUCAUUAUACAUAAGGUCUAUUAAAGCUCUUAUCAUCUUCUUGAACUAUGUCAACUUUCCUGUAGCAGGAAACCGAAAUACCAAUAAACAUCCACGAUAUUGAGCAGAUUCUUCUAGGUUAUUUGGUCCAGAGAGAGAACAAGAAAAUCUCCACUCUCAGAGGUUAAAUAGAGCUGCUUUCUCUGAAGACUGCACCACAGAUCAAUAUUUACUUUAUAUUUACUUUUACAGAUCAUAUAUUUGCUUUAUAUGCAAUUUUCUAAUUCUUGUCCAGGUCUCUCCUACAUCAAGUUCCACGGACGUAUCACAUUCAUCAUACCAAAGUGCUCCACCUACUGAAGAUUACACGAGCACUAGAGAAGUCCCCUUCACUUUCCCCUGGUUAAAUUCAACACGACCUACCACACUAACUAGAAGCAGUCAAUUUACAGAAGACCAAAGGAUGUCCUCCAAACUUCCAAGCCAAUCACCAACCCCAAUAACUUCCACUACAGUAAACCUACAGGAAGGUCCUAAAGAAGAGGUAUCAGAGUCGGAUGGAACAAAUUCCACUGCUAUUGCUGUAACCGUUACUCUUCUCCUGGUAGCCUUGGCACUGGUAUUGGGGUAUUUGCUGUACUAUAGAAGACGAAAAAGGUAAAAUUGUAAAAGACGGUUGCCAUUUAAACAGUUUUCACGAAAGAUAUUCUAGGGCCGCUGGAAAAGAAACAAAUUAAAACAGAAAACUGCAAAAAGCAAACUUGUGUGUAUGAUGAAACUACCU